AUGGCUGAAGCUCUCUACUAUCUGCCAAAGGGCUCACGCAUCCUGGUGACAGGAGCCAAUGGGUUUGUGGGGAGUAAUGUUAUACACAACCUGCUGGAACUAGGGUUUCGGGUUCGCGGGACUGUCCGCGCCGCCAAACCAUGGCUCGACAAGAUGUUCCAGGACAAGUUCGGGGCUGACUCGUAUGAGUCGGUGAUUCUGACGAGCUUUGAGAAUGUGGAUAUUCUCGUCGAGGUACUGGACGGUGUAUCUGGCGUUGCCCACGUGGCGACGGAUACCAGUUUCAAGCCGAAUGUAGAGGAGGUUGUUGGUUGGGCAGUGAGAGCAAUUCACAAUCUGCUCGAAGCUGCAUCCAGGCACUCUGAUAUUAAACGGGUUGUCAUGACCUCUUCUGCAAUCGCGGCAUUGUUCCCGGUGUCGAACAAGGAGAUCACUGUUUCUGAGGAUUCCUGGAAUGACGAGGCAAUCACAACUGCCUGUGAUCCGAACACCCCCGAUCGCUUGAAGGGCUUCUUCGGCUACGCAGCCUCCAAAACAGCGGCCGAGAAAGCAGCGUGGAAAUGGAUGAAAGAGAACAACCCUGGCUUCCAAUUCAAUACCGUCCUACCGGACUUCACCCUGGGAAGAGUCCUGCACAAGGAGAUGGGCGGCUCAACCAUGGCCUGGGUCCGUGGCCUAGUCGAAGGAGACAGACUGAUCUUCGAAACAUUUGUUCCGCAAGAAUACUUCGUCGAUGUCGGCGACAUUGCCCGUCUCCACGCAGCGGCCCUCCUCGAUCCAAACACAGUCUCGCGGCGACUUUUCGGCUUCGCCGCUCCCGUGAACCUCACUGACAUUAUCUCCACCGUUCGCAAGCUGCGGCCCGAAAGUACUUCGAUACCCGAACCUCCUGUUGACGAGGGACGUGACCUGAGUGUAGUCCUUCCUGCCAAGGAAGCAGAAAGACUUCUGAAGGAAUUCUGUGGGCGGGAUGGGUGGACCUCUAUGGAGGAGAGCAUUGCCCAUGGGCUUGAGCGUUGCUAG